AGUACAUCAAACGCAUCUCAAUCUCGUGACAAACUAGAUAUCAAAAUGCAAACCGAAAGAACCUUGCCCGAUUGGCUAAACAAGGACUACAUGGAGGAAAAGCUUCGUAUUUUCCACAAAGAUGCAGAGUUAAGUGUCAUCAAAUUGUGGUCACUCACGGCUUCGGGCAAGGGCGAAAACUUUGUUGGCAUCAUCACGCGUAUUUACGUCGAUUUCAAGCUAUCGAAUGGAGAGCAGCAACAGCGUUCGUAUUUGCUAAAGGAAACCUGUCCGGAUGAUGCACCUCAAGCAGCCAUAUUUAUUGAGUAUAAUAUCUAUGAACGCGAGAUGGACAUGUACGAGUUUGUGUUGCCAACGAUGUCGCAGUUAUUGUGCGAGGCUGGCAUCACGGAAAAACUUCAUGCCGAUGCACUCAGUGUGGAUCGAGAGCACGGUAUAAUUAUACUGGAAGACCUGUCGCCACUCAACUACAAGAAUGCAGAUCGCGUCAAAAAGUUAGACUUCGAGCACACUCGGUUAACGCUCGAAAUGUUGGCUAAAUUUCAUGCUGCUGCUUUUGUGUUGGACAAAUUGUAUCCGGAAAUGCUCGCAAAGAAUUUCAAUCGCAGUUUCUACACGCGUGGUGUGAAAGGCUAUACAAAAGUAUUUACUGGUUUCUUUAAGACUCUUGUUCGUUACGUUGAGUCUCAGCCGAAACUAAAGCAACGUUAUCAUGACAAACUGGUGCAGUUGACAGAUAACGUCAUGGAAUAUGCAGCACGUUGCUUCGAUGUUGAUGAAGAUGAUUUCUCUACACUUAUUCAUGGCGAUUGUUGGACUACAAACAUCAUGUUUCAGUAUGACGCUAAGGGAAAGCCAGUCAGCGUGUUGCCAAUAGACUUUCAGUUCAGCACUCGCACCUCGUCAACAAUGGACUUGCAUUAUUUCUUCAACACAUCGCUGCAGGAGGAAGUCUUCAACCAGGAAUUAGAGCUAGUACAGAUUUACUACUAUGCACUUAAGAGCGCCCUUGAGAAACUUCAGUAUAAGGGAAAAUUUCCGUCUUUAAAUGCAUUUCAAAUGCAGUUUGAGUGUCGCAGAUUUGCUGGUCUGCUUGCAAUGAACUUCCAACCGAUGAUGACUUAUGUGGGCUCCGAUUUUUCAGGAUUUAAUGAUUUCUUUGAUAGCAAUCCUGAGGCCAUUCGUUUUCAGAACUCUUUAUACGACAGAGCAGAAAUUCAAUAUAUUGUGCAUAAAAUGUUGCCCAUAUUCGAUGCCAGGGGAUUGCUGGAUCCCCAAUAAAUAUUUAAGUUCAGAAUAAAU